AUACAUUGCAUGUUUCCGCAAAAUUGAAAUAAAUUCUGGUAGCUAAUUUAGCUGAUUCAAUUUAAUCAAUGGGCGCCACUGAGUUCUCCGUCUCCACCGCCGGCAAAUGGCUCGGCCUCGUCUCCGCCAUCUGGAUCCAAUCCAUCUCCGGCAACAACUACACCUUCUCCAACUACUCCCACGCCCUCAAAUCCCUCAUGCACCUCACCCAGCUCCAGCUCAACAACCUCUCCGUCGCUAAAGACGUCGGUAAAGCCUUCGGUCUCCUCGCCGGCCUCUCCUCCGACUUCCUCCCCACUUGGGCCAUCCUCCUCAUCGGCUCCGUCGAAGGCCUCAUCGGUUACGGCGUCCAGUGGCUCGUCGUUGGCCAAUUCAUCAACCCUCUCCCCUACUGGCAGAUGUGUGUGUUUCUUUGUUUGGGAGGCAAUAGCACAACAUGGAUGAACACUGCGGUGUUGGUUACCUCCAUACGCAACUUCCGCCGAAACAGAGGACCAGUUUCCGGGAUUCUGAAGGGGUUUGUAGGGUUGAGCACUGCUAUAUUCACCAACCUCUGUUCCGCUCUGUUCGCCGACGAUCCUGCUUCUUUUCUCCUUAUGCUCGCUCUGAUUCCGUUCGCCGUUUGCAUCGCCGGCGUGUUUUUCCUCCGGGAGGUUCCUCCGGCGAAGACUGUAACAGCCGAGGACGACAGCGAGGAGGCUAGCUACUUCGGCGUUUGUAACGCUGUUGCCGUCGUUGUCGCCGUUUACCUCCUGGCCUACGGUUUUGUCCCCAGUCCUAGCUCCUUGGUGUCGCGAGUGUUCGUGGCGGUUUUGCUGGUUCUGUUGGCUUCGCCGGUGGGGAUUCCGGUCUACUCUUACUUCAAAGGAAGGAAAUCGAAAUCGAACCGGGAUGUUGAGGGGCAGCGGGUGACCGAACCGUUGCUGAUUCAGAGUGACGACAAGGAGAACGGGGCGGUGACGGUGGCGGCGGAAGAGGAAGUGGUGGUGGUGAAGGGGCGGCCGGCGGUGGGGGAGGAGCACACGAUAUGGGAGGCGAUGAGGAGUGUGGAUUUUUGGAUCUUGUUCACGUCGUUUCUAUGCGGCGUGGGAACCGGGUUGGCCGUGAUGAACAAUAUGGGUCAAAUCGGGUUGGCUCUCGGGUACACCGACGUGUCACUCUUUGUCUCAUUGACCAGCAUUUGGGGAUUUUUUGGACGGAUCAUAUCGGGUUCGGUUUCGGAGCUCUUCAUCAAGAAAGCUGCAACGCCUAGACCUCUUUGGAAUGCAGCAUCACAGAUUCUGAUGGCUGUGGGUUACAUACUCCUAGCCAUGGCUUUGCCGGGUUCACUUUACAUUGGCUCUAUCGUAGUCGGCAUAUGUUACGGGGUGCGGCUAGCUAUUACCGUCCCAACGGCCUCCGAGUUAUUUGGACUCAAAUAUUAUGGUCUCAUCUACAACAUUCUCAUCCUCAACCUUCCAUUGGGUUCUUUCCUCUUUUCCGGGCUGCUUGCUGGCAUACUGUAUGAUAGGGAGGCAACUGCAACAGAAGGAGGAGGCAACACAUGUGUUGGAGGUCAUUGCUACAGGUUAGUCUUUAUAGUAAUGGCUGCAGCAUGCAUUGUUGGGUUCUUCUUGGACAUUCUAUUGUCAAUCAGAACCAAGAAUGUCUACAACAAGAUUUCCAUGAGCAAGAAAUCCAAGAAAUCUUUGGGGACAUCAAGUAGCCAAUGAUCCAGGAUGGGGCAUACAGAACGGUACAACAAAUCCUGGGAUUGAUGAGUUUUUUUUGCUUAGUGAUAUCCCAGUUUCCCACUAAGAAGAUAGACAUCCUAUUAAAUAGUUCACUAUUUUUUUUCAAAAAAAAAAAAAAAAAGUAAAGGAGGGUUGUUGUGACUGUGUUAAAUUCAAUUCUAAACUGUAAGCAUUCCACUAGAUUCUUAUUUUUCAUGAUAUGUUUCAUUGAUUAUUCAGAUAGAAUUCUUUUGGUUCAAUUUGGAGAGGACAACAGUCAAUUUUGUUGUUUCUCCGUGAACUGAUGGGGUGUAUCAUUUUUCUCUUAUUGUCAAGUCAGUAUUAUUUGGAAAUAAGCUUUA